AUGUCCUGGUCUCGGUGGAGCUCCGCGAGUCGUUCACCAGACCACGAUGUUGCCCUACGACCGUGUAUGCAUUGCGGACAAAUUACCGGACAAUUUCCCUUUUGCCUCCUGGCUGUGGGGCCUUUCAACCAGGCCUCUGGGUCACUCCUCUCUUUCGAGAACCCUUUUGGCAUUCGUUAA